AUGUCCACAUGCGCGGUUGACAUCCGCGACCAUUCGAGGCUGCGAAGCCUGUUUGCUGAAAAGGGUGCUGCCAUUCGAUUCUUUCACUUCGAGUCGUGUACCAAUCCCAGCGGGCAGCUUAUGGACUUUGCAUUCCUCAAAGAGCUGCGACAUCUGGCGCCGCACUGUAUCUUCGCAUGUGAUAACACGUGGCUUUCUGGUGCUCUUUUCAACCCCUUCGAGCAUGGUGCCGACAUCGUUCUAGAAAGUAUGACGAAGUACGUCUCAGCUGGCCGAUGCAUUGGGGGCUUCGUGGCCGGCGCCAGCUCCUUGAUGGCUCCGGUUCUCUCCUGGAUCAAAGCCUUUGGCGUGUUCGUAGGUGCUGACCAUUGUGAGAUCUUCUCGCAAGGCUUGCAGACGAUAAACAGAAGGAUGACGGCCACAUCAGCCACGGCAGAAGCACUUGCUGCGUAUCUGGAAGCGCAUCCAGCUGUCAACCGGGUCAUGUAUCCAAUGCUCUCAUCGCACCCGACCUACCACCUCGCCCGGCUCUAUUUGACUCGUGGAGGUCCGGGCUGCAUCUGGUUUCAUGUCAGCGCUAGCAAGAAGACCGUCAUGAGUGUGCUGACCCGCAGUGACGGUCCGAGCUUCGCUGGCCCGGAAUGCAAGACUUCCUUCGGUGCCGCCUCCUCCCGUGUCGAUCCCUGGCCGCAGCCUGCACCAUCGGAUGCUUGCGAUUGGCCGCGCAAAGCUCAGGAGGGGCUGCCGGGGACUUGGAUCCGCCUGGCAGUUGGCCACGCUGAAGCCUUGGAGAAGACGAAGACUGCCGUGGAAGUCCUGCUCGCCCAGCUAUGUCCAUUGGCCACCGCGACGUCCACAGCGGCGACGCCAACCCCGAAGGAGGUACGACAGGAGGACACUCUCCAACCAGAAGCUCACAGCAUGCGCUGGAAGCGUCGCUCUUAA